GGAUAGCCCUGCUGCACACACACAAACACACACUGGUUCUAACGUCUCUUUUCAACGACUGGUAAACAUGGACCAAGACAUGGAUGUGACCUAUGCGUUUUUUGAGAACAGUACUGACAACUUUUCAGAGGAGUCUGGAGACUUUGGAGACUUUGGAGACUUUGGAGAUGAGCCAUGUGGCCGAGCGCUCAGCAGCAACUUCAGCAAGAUCUUCCUGCCGACCGUUUACGGAAUUAUAUUCGUCCUGGGAGUCAUUGGCAAUGGAUUAGUGGUAGUUGUCAUGGGCUACCAGAAAAAGGUCAAAACGAUGACGGACAAGUAUCGGCUCCAUCUCUCCGUGGCUGACCUCCUGUUCGUCCUCACGCUGCCCUUCUGGGCCGUGGAUGCAGCCAGCUCCUGGUACUUUGGCGGUUUCCUCUGUGUGUCAGUGCACAUGAUCUACACGGUGAACCUGUACAGCAGCGUGUUGAUCUUGGCCUUCAUCAGCCUGGACAGAUACUUGGCAGUUGUGCGGGCCACCAACAGUCAAGCCACAAGGAAGCUUCUUGCGAGCAGAGUGAUCUAUGUGGGAGUGUGGCUGCCUGCUGCUGUGCUGACUGUACCUGACCUUGUAUUUGCCAGGGUGCACACAGGGUCGUCCAACAUCCACUUUUUCAACGAUAGCAUAGAGACUGGAGACUCCAGGAUCAUCUGCCAGCGCAUCUACCCGCAGGAAUCCAGCAUCAUAUGGACAGUUGUUUUCCGCUUUCAGCACAUCCUGGUGGGCUUUGUUCUGCCCGGGCUGGUCAUCCUCAUCUGCUACUGCAUCAUCAUCGCCAAGCUGUCGCAAGGCACCAAGGGCCAGGCGCUGAAGAAGAAAGCGCUGAAGACCACGGUCAUCCUCAUCCUUUGUUUUUUCACCUGCUGGCUGCCCUACUGUGUUGGUAUCUUCCUGGACAACCUGAUGAUGCUGCACGUGGUGACUCCCUCCUGUGUGCUGCAACAAGCGGUGGAGAUGUGGAUUUCUAUCACAGAGGCGCUGGCUUACUUUCACUGCUGCUUAAACCCCAUCCUCUAUGCUUUCCUGGGAGUAAAGUUCAAGAAAUCAGCCAAGAGUGCACUGACAGCCGGCAGCAGAUCCAGUCAAAAGGUGACACUCAUGACCAAAAAGAGAGGGCCAAUUUCCUCAAUAUCCACUGAGUCGGAGUCCUCAAGCGUUUUGUCAAGUUAACAAAAAACUCUGUGACUUGAAACUCUCAGGAGGGAGAGAAAAACGAAGCUUUGAUUUGAAAGAACUUACUACAUUUUGUACAAUUGUAAAAAAAUAGUUGUUUUUUUAUACUUUUUAAAUAGUUUUGCCUUUUUUACUGCAAUUGUGUCUUGUGUUUUUUUUAUUUGCAUUUGUGCAACCUUUAUGUUCCUCAGAGAAGACUGUGUCCGCAGGCAGGGCCUCAUUUCCAGUCAUGCAGCUUUACAAUCGAGGUCCAUUUUCCCCGUUUCCAUCUUUACAAUCUGUGCUGCUGUAUCAAAGCUCAGGCAUGCAAUGCCCUACUAUGUUUUCAUGGAUGGUAGCUGCUCUUGGAAACCUGUAUAUAGUUUGUAGCAUUUGUGUGCUCGCACUUAAGUUGUGUGAUUUUCUGAAAGCUAUUAUUUAUUGCUGUCAUUCACACUGGAAGUUUUGUUAGAAAAAAAGAAACUGCAUGCUGCUUUUUUAUGUAAAAAAUAAAAAAUCCACUGCUUCAUUA